GCCGGUACUGGGACAAAGGGCCGCAGCUGCGCCUGCGCCAGCCUGCAACCCCUUCCGGAAGGAGUUUUGCCCCCGCCCAGGGUGACAUCACGAUCGAGUUGCCAUGGCGCUGCUGAACAGUCUGGCUUCCUCGCUGGAGUCCCACAGGGGCCGGGACCGCCUGAUCCGGACACUGGGGUAUUGCUGCCAGCUCGUCGGUGGGGUCCUAGUGGAACAAUGUCCCAGCAGGUCUGAACUGGGAAGGCGCUUGCUGGUGGUGUCAGCUCAGCUCAGCCAUUGCAGGACUGUCUUGCGACUCUUUGAUGACCCAGCCAUGUUUGUCUACACUAAGCAAUAUGGCCUGGGGACAGAGAAGGAGGACAUCUUCGUCCGAUGGUUGUCUGUUCUGAGUAACAUGGCUGACCAGCUGUACUAUCCAUGUGAGCAUGUCGCCUGGGCUGCCGAUGCCAAGGUCCUCCAGGUGGACUCUGCUGGGUGGUGGACACUGAGCACAGCCCUCUGGAUUCUCUCUCUGCUCCUUGGAGCUGUCAGGUCUCUGUGGACGGCAUUGAAGCUAAGACAGAAGCUGCAGAAACCCACAGGCACCUUCACCAGCGAGCUGCCCAGGAGCAAGCGGAGGGCCAUGGAGGCAAAGAUGUGGUCAGAGGUUUUAACUCUACUCAGCAACCUGGCUGACCUGGCCAACGCUGUGCACUGGCUGCCCCCAGGUGUCUUGUGGGCUGGCCGCUUCCCUCCUUGGCUGGUGGGCCUCCUGGGCACUAUCUCCUCCCUCCUCAGCAUGUAUCAGGCUGCCAGAGCUAGCAACAUAGCUGAGGCAGACAGCUCUUGAUGAGGCCCUGGAGUGGCAGGUGGAGGACACGGUGGGGCUCAACAGAGGACACAGAUUCCCAGAGUGGGAACCACUGGCCAGGGGUGCAUCCAUAAUCGUGUACCCCAGUAACUGUCCCUGUGUGGGAAGGAAAAGGGCUGAUAGAUCCCAGGUCCCAGUUAGGGCAUCAUGGGAAAUCUGUUCCUUUGGGAAGUGGGGGGGGGGGCACAUGAGGAGGACCCCAGGACUCUCAGAGUCAAAGCCAGGCUUGCAAAGUCCCAGGAGUACUCUGCUAGAACCCCCCACUUGCUGGCUUACCUGAGGGUGAGUGGGAGACAUGCCAUGCCUUGGGUCGGGCACUGGGGAACCUGGAACACUGGAAUGCCUAUUAAAUAACUUGGUACGGGGCCAGUCUGUACGUGAGGUGAUUAGAGCAGUCACAUGGUACGGUUGGUUAUACAGGUGCAUGGAGCAGUAAGUGGGAAACGGCUGUCUCUAUUCCUCCCUUGGGGGCUCCCUCAGCCUCUCAGUAUCUGACUACCUCUGCCACUGAGCCGGGCCUGGGAGAAUGUUCUCCACUUCCUGCAGUCCUGGGAGGAAAACUGUAGGUUGCUGCUUCCAGGAAGGCCACACCUAAAUGAGAACAAUCAUGCCAAUAUCAAGGGGCCACGGAGCUCUAAGCUGGGGACAGGCCGUGCUUGCUGGCCUCUGAAGACGUGGAUUUGUGUUCUGUAUCAGAGAGACUAUAGUAGGUAGGUUUUUUUUUUUUAAAUCAGUUUAAGUUUUUAUUACAUUUUAGUGUAUGUGUCACCGUUUCCACCAUGUGAGGCCUGGGGAUCGGCUCGGUGGAAGCACCUUUACCCACGGGGCCAUCUCAUCUGAUCCCGGGUAUGAUUUUUAAUCCGAAAGCCAAAAAUGAUGUUUGGGAAGCACUGGGCCCAGCCUGGUAGACUAGAUACCACAGCCUUUGAACUUUACAUGAUACUAAUCUUUUGUGUGUGUGUUUUCAGACAGCCCUGCUACAUAGGCCAGGUUGCUUCCCUGACCCUCCCAAUUUUUGGUACUAGGGAUGAUGAGCCAAAUAUUCUACUGUCGAGAUACAAUGAUCCCAGCCCCCACCCUUUUGGUGUUGGCCAGAAGUCCAAGAAAUUUUGGUUUUACAGAUAGGUGUUCGUGAGCCACUGGUGUGCUGGCAGCACUUGGGAUAGUGUGGCACAAGAGUGAACCCAGCCAAGCACCCCAGCCUCUCACCUGUGGAGCACCUGUAGGCCAGCAUCAGGCUCCUGACCCUGGGGUGGUCGCAGCUGCUCCGCUCUCAAGGACAUCAUAUUGGUGUCCUGUUAUCUGUGCCCCACCUGAAGGUGAGCCCAUGCCCUCACCUAGUCCGGGUACCAGGAGGACAGAGUUUGAUCUGAGGCCCAAGCCUGGGGUGGGAAGGCCCUUGACAUUAACUACAUAUGGUGCAGACAUAGAGCAAAAGGACAGACACUUCCAGAAAGGGCUCACCUGGGCUGUCCAGUGGUUCUGGAUGGAGAUGGACCUAAAAUCUCGCAUGUACUAGCCAAGUCCUGCACCCCCGAGCUCCAGCUCCCACCAUUGCUUAUUUAUUCUGUGCUUGAGACAGGUUUCAUUUGAGCCAGGUCACCUUGAAUUUACUGUGUAGUCGAGGAUGCUUGAAACUUAUUUUUAUCUUUUUUUUUGAGACAGGGGUUACUAUGUAGCCUUGGCUGGCCUCAUACUCACAGAGGUCUUCCUGCUUUGACCUACUGAGUGCUGGCAUUGCAUUAAAAGUGUGCUCCACCAUCCAUAACCAGUUAAACUUCUAGUUUUCAAAAAAAGACUUCUUGUAUAUGUGCCCCAGUAUAUGUGUGCCAAUGCAUGCCUGAUGCCCAUGGAUCACCAUAAAACUGGAGUUACAAAUGGUUUGGAGCCACCAUGGGAACCAAAUCCAGGCCCGAAGAGCAAUCAGUGCUCUUAAACACUGAGCCAUCUCUCCAGCUCCAAGCCCUUAAACAAACAGAAAAGUACAUGUGUGGAGAGGUCAGAGGAUAACCUCGGGUUCCAGCCACUUGCCCACUGCUGUGUACAUUAGGCUAGCUUGCCAGUACAUUUCCAGGGAUUUCUCAUUUCUGCUUUCUAGCCUAGGAUAGUGUUGGGAUUACAGAGAUAUGCUUCUGUAUCAAACUUUUGACUCGGAGUCAGGCCCUCACACUUGUCUGGACCACUAGGCCAUCUCCCCAGCCCCACCCCAAACUUCUGGUCCUUUAUAUCCACCCCCUGAGUGCUGAGAUUACAAGUGUGCAAUACCAUGUCAACCUGGAGACAGAAUUUAGGACUUCAUGUAUGCAAGGUAAGCACUCUAUCAACUGAACCACAUCCACAUGUCAACUCCCGCAAUAUCCGCCCCCUUUUGGACAUUCAUGUUCUCUGUCGCCAAAAUCUCAGCAGGAGACAGCUCCCUCCUCCCCCUCCCAACCCCAAAGAAGGUCUGCUUCAACCUGAGGUCCUUUGGAUGCUUUUAUUGCUAGAAUCUGGUCAUAAGUUCUAGGGUGAUCCCAGAAUACCCUGUGGCUAGGAUGCUCUGCUAUCACUGUGGAAAUAAUCACAGGGUAGAUGAAGAUCAUGGUCACAAUUGACAAGGGAUGCCACUCAGUCUCAGAGUUGGGAAUGCUGCUGGCUCACCAGCUUUACAAAUGAGACCAACUGAGGAGGAGCCCACGGCUGCUGGUGACAGAUACACUGAUCCACUCCCCUGCGGUGUGCAGAACACAGUGAGAUAACACCUGGCCACCUGGCAGGGAUGUGCAAAUCCUACCCAGGGCCAAGGGGAAAUCAUCUGAACUUCUAGUCCAAAACAUCAUAGUGUCUGGGGUGGGAUCAGGGCAUAUGAACUGAUGGUGAGCCCACGCAACUCAGGUGGGGUCCUGGAAUGUUCUCUUCAGAGAGUGGGAGCUUAAAGGUCAGCUUUCCUAAAGUGCUCUGAUAUCUCAGUACAAAAAAACACGCACAAAAAAAAAAAAAAAACCCACAAAA